CUUGAAAUCUUAACCGAUAAGGAGAGGAGGGGACAGACGAAACCCCAAGGGCCAAGGAGACACUGCUCCGAGCAGCAAUGGCGACGACGACGAGGGUGUGGGCGGCGGCCUUAAACCCUACUCUCCUCCCCCUCUCACCAUCUCCUCGCCCAACCCAGUCCGUCUCCUCCACUCUGCCGAACGGGCGCCUCCGCAGCCGCCGGCCGCGGCUGGCGAAGGUCGUGUGCCGCCGCGCGAAGAACGCGGCCUUCGACGACUACAAGUUCCCGGACCCCAUCCCCGAGUUCGCCGAGCAGGAGACGAGCAAGUUCAGGGAGCACAUGACAUUGCGGCUGGAGCAGAAGAAGGAGGAGUACUUCGGGGAGCACGUAGAGGAAAUCGUCGAUGUCUGCACCGAGGUCUUGGGAACCUUCUUGCAACAUGAUUAUUGUGGACCUGGGACGCUCCUUGUUCAUCCGUUCUUGGACAUGAAGGGCGAGAUCAAAGAGAGGGGGCUUCCUGGCGCGCCUCAAGCAGCACGUGCCGCCAUCGCGUGGGCUGAGAAAAAUAUUGACAAGGAUUGGAAGGCAUGGACUGGAGAAGAUUAGCACUAGUUUUUCCUUUAGUUCUUCUCUCUGUUGUAUCGGGGUUGUACCUGUAGUCUUGAUGUUUCAGUAUAGACUUGAAUCUAGAUUCUAGAGUAGUCACAUUAUGGGAUCUCAAGUUCAUAAAACACAUGGAAAUUUAUCUUCUGAUAACGAUUAAUGUCGAUCCCCUUGCCUCAUUGUAUCAAAGUAUUUUCGCAGAAAAUUGGAGGCUUGGAAUGCUUAGGAAUUCUUUUGCACUA